AUGCAAGGCUUCAACAUGGGCCGGUACUACCCGCCCGAUGCCUCCAACCCCCCUACCUUCAAUACAACGCACCCACUCGGCGCGCGCGCACACAAAUCCUCCCAGGGAAUUUUGACGGUGCGCUUCGAGCUUCCCUUCGCCGUGUGGUGCCAGCACUGUCAACCGCCCGCCAUUGUUGGCCAAGGCGUGCGCUUCAACGCCGAGAAGAAGCGCGUGGGGAACUACUACAGUACGCCGAUAUGGAGCUUUCGCAUGAAGCACACGGCCUGUGGAGGGUGGUGGGAGAUUCGUACGGACCCGAGCAAGAGCGAGUAUGUUGUCUGUGAGGGCGCGCGGCGGAGGGAGUACGGGGCUGUCGAGGAUGAUGGGGCGCAGGGCGAGUUGAAAAUGUUGAGUGAGGAGGAGAGGGAGCGGAGGCGGGAAGAUGCGUUUGCAGGCUUGGAAGGGCGGGUGGAGCAAAAAGUGCUGGAUCAGGGGCAUAAACGGCGCGUGGAGGAGUUGUACGAGAAGAGCGAGGUGUGGCGGGAUCCGUACGACGUCAACGCGAGACUGAGGCGGGAUUUCCGCGUCAAGCGCAAGGCGUGGAAUAGAGAGGAACGGCAGAAGGAGGGCAUGCAGGAGAAAUUCAGUCUAGGCAUGGAUAUUGUAGACGAGACGGAAGGCGACCGUGUGAGAGCCAAGAUGGUGGAAUUCGGCACCGCGGCUGCUGCGAACAAUUCACGCCCUGAGGAACCAUGGAAACCCCUCUUCCAAUCACCACAGCAACAAGAAGAUCACACUCCACCUGUCACGCAGCUCGCAAAUUCCAAGAAACUCACAUCAGAGAUUGCAGCGGAGAAGAGUCGUGAGGCGUUACGAAAGACGCUCGUCGGCAACACCAGGGCCGUUAUCGAUCCCUUUCUCAACACCAAAGAGAGGCUAGCCCCACCUAGAGCUAGUCUAGGCUUGUUGAAGCGCAAGAGAGGCAAUGGAGCGCAUGAGGCGGUAGAUGAUGAGUCUUCACCAGCGAAGCAGAUUGAGACCCCGACUGUCACGACCCAAAAUCCCGCAAAGACAAUUGAGCCUCCGACAAAGAAUCUAGCUUCCGCAUUACUCCUGGUGGAUUACGAAUCAGACUGA